GCUGACGUUGCUUUUGUUGUCGAAGGAAAGAAAAUCCACGCGCAUAAAGCAAUUCUGAUAAUGCGUUGCACCGUCUUCAGGACGAUGUUCCUGGGCAAUUGGAAAGAGAGCAACGAAAGCGAGCAAAUCAUCGACCAUCACAGCUACGAUGUAUUUUUCGCCUUUUUGAAAUACUUCUACACCAACGAGGUUGAUUUGCAGCCAGAUUUGGCUCUAGAGCUAUUCGCGUUGGCCCACUUCUAUCAAAUGACUGAUCUGCAAAACGAGUGCCUGAAAAUUAUCAAAAGAGGCGUGACCGUGGAAAACGCUGCAUCGAUUUACGAUAAAGCAGUUCUACUUGCUGCCGAGGAACUCAAGGAGUUCGUUUUCAAGUUCUGCAUGGAGCACAUGACUGCGGUUGUGAACACUGAUGGCUUCAAGCUCUUGAAGGAUGAUGUCGUGAAAGAUUUUUUCCUUCAUGCUGCGCAGCAAGGAGCGUUUAAAAAAUGAUUAUUACGCGGUAUUUUCUGCUGAGAGAAGCAGAUUAUGUGUGUAUUUUAUGUGACAGUGUUCUUUAUCUACGAAUUAGGACGCGUAUUCAUUAUCUUAUCUUGACUGCGCCUCCGUGAGCAAUAAGAGU